AUGAAACUCUCACCCUUCACCCUCCUCCUCUUCCCCCUCGCAGCCAGCGCCUGCUCCAACUACCAAUCCUGCCACUGCUACGACUCAAACGGUGUCCCCAACGACGCCGUCACAGCACAAGUAUGCGCCGGGUUUGGCGACAAAGCCUCCAUGGCGGAUGCGAGUCGCGGGUCCGAUGGCGCACGCGAGUGCAAAGCCAACAAGUCAAAGGAAGUUACGUUUAACAACUGUUCUUGGAGGCAGUGGUGCCAGAUUGCGGGCGCGACGGGCAAGGAUAGCAGUUGCCGGGACAAGAAGACGUAA